AUUGGUGGCGAGUGAUCACGUGUCUUUUUUUACAGCCGGGUAAUCUGGAGCUCAGCCCUAUCCAGAAUUUAUUUUCCUCCUUAAAAGGUUGUAUUUCAUCAAUAUACGGAUACAUUUUGAGGCCUCAAAAUGCCUAUAUUCUCGGAGCUGUAUUUUAAUGUGGAUAAUGGUUACUUGGAAGGGUUGGUCAGGGGUUUUAAGGCUGGAAUUCUUUCACAGGGAGACUAUCUAAAUCUCGUCCAGUGUGAAACCCUGGAAGACCUGAAGCUCCAUCUGCAGAGCACGGACUAUGGCAGCUUCCUGGCCAACGAGCCGUCACCCCUCACCGUGUCCGUCAUCGACGACAAGCUCAAAGAGAAGAUGGUGGUGGAGUUUCGUCACAUGAGGAACCAGUCCUAUGAACCGCUGGCAAGCUUCAUGGACUUCAUCACGUACAGCUACAUGAUAGACAAUGUGAUCCUGCUGAUCACAGGCACCCUGCAUCAGCGGUCCAUCUCUGAGCUGGUGCCUAAGUGCCACCCGCUGGGCAGCUUUGAACAGAUGGAGGCAGUCAACAUCGCCCAGACCCCAGCAGAACUUUACAACGCCAUCUUGGUGGACACCCCUCUGGCUGCUUUCUUCCAAGACUGCAUAUCUGAGCAGGAUCUGGAUGAGAUGAACAUCGAGAUCAUCCGUAAUACUCUGUAUAAGGCUUAUCUGGAGGCUUUCUACAAGUUCUGCUCCACUCUGGGAGGAACCACCGGUGACACCAUGUGCCCUAUUCUAGAGUUUGAGGCGGACAGGAGGGCCUUCAUCAUCACCAUCAACUCAUUUGGUACCGAACUGUCUAAGGAGGACCGUGCCAAGCUGUUCCCCCACUGUGGCAAGCUGUACCCUGAGGGGCUGGCUCAGCUUGCCCGCGCUGACGACUACGAACAGGUCAAAGCUGUGGCCGACUACUACCCUGAAUACAAGCUCCUGUUUGAGGGAGCCGGCAGCAACCCAGGGGACAAGACACUGGAGGACAGGUUCUUUGAGCAUGAGGUGAAGCUGAACAAGCUGGCGUUCCUGAACCAAUUCCACUUCAGUGUGUUCUAUGCCUACGUCAAGCUGAAGGAGCAGGAGUGUAGGAACAUCGUGUGGAUCGCUGAGUGUAUCGCACAGAGGCACCGCGCCAAGAUAGACAACUACAUCCCCAUCUUCUGAACACACACACCAGAACCUCCCUACAUUCUGAUCUGAACACACACACACACACACACACACACACACACACACACACACACACACACACACCAGUACUUCCCUACAUUCUGAUCUGAACACACACACACACCAGUACUUCCCUACAUUCUGAUCUGAACACACACACACACCAGUACUUCCCUACAUUCUGAUCUGAACACACACACACACACUUCUUCAUCUCUGUCUUCUAAUCCCACGUAUCCAUCCUUCCACAGCUGGUCUCUGAUCCACAGUUACUGUACAGUCGCUUCUGUCUGAUCCACAGUUACUGUGGAUCAGUUACUGUAGUACACUUAGUUUGACCAUGUAACCCUAUUCACUAAGUAGUACACUUAGUUUGACCAUGGACCCCUAUUCACUAAGUAGUACACUUAGUUUGACCAUGGAACCCUAUUCACUAAGUAGUACACUUAGUUUGACCAUGGAACCCUAUUCACUAAGUAGUACACUUAGUUUGACCAUGGACCCCCUAUUCACUAAGUAGUACACUUAGUUUGACCAUGGACCCCCUAUUCACUAAGUAGUACACUUAGUUUGACCAUGGACCCCUAUCCACUAAGUAGUGCACUUAGUUUAACCGUGGAACCCUAUCGACUAAGUAGUACACUUAGUUUGACCAUGGACCCCCUAUUCACUAAGUAGUACACUUAGUUUGACCAUGGACCCCUAUCCACUAAGUAGUGCACUUAGUUUAACCGUGGAACCCUAUCGACUAAGUAGUACACUUAGUUUGACCAUGGAACCCUAUUCACUAAGUAGUGCACUUAGUUUGACCAUGGAACCCUAUCCACUAAGUAGUACACUUAGUUUGACCAUGGAACCCUAUUCACUAAGUAGUGCACUUAGUUUGACCAUGGAACCCUAUUCACUAAGUAGUGCACUUAGUUUGACCAUGGACCCCUAUCCACUAAGUAGUACACUUAGUUUGACCAUGGAACCCUAUUCACUAAGUAGUACACUUAGUUUGACCAUGGACCCCUAUUCACUAAGUAGUACACUUAGUUUGACCAUGGACCCCUAUUCACUAAGUAGUGCACUUAGUUUGACCAUGGACCCCUAUUCACUAAGUAGUGCACUUAGUUUGACCAUGGACCCCUAUUCACUAAGUAGUACACUUAGUUUGACCAUGGACCCCUAUUCACUAAGUAGUACACUUAGUUUGACCAUGGACCCCUAUUCACUAAGUAGUACACUUAGUUUGACCAUGGACCCCUAUCCACUAAGUAAUGCACUUAGUUUGACCAUGGACCCCUAUUCACUAAGUAGUACACUUAGUUUGACCAUGGACCCCUAUUCACUAAGUAGUACACUUAGUUUGACCAGGGGCCCCUAUUCACUAAGUAGUGCACUUAGUUUGACCAGGGGCCCAUAUGAUUUUGGUCAAAAGUAGUGCACUGUAUAGGGUUCCAUUUGGGACCCCACCAGAAACUGUCAUGUAUAAUAUCCAUAGAUGGAGAAGCAGAGUUUACUGAAAUAAUUUUCACCCUCCUGAUACAUGUUCUGUUAUUCUCUGAUAAUGAUACGUGUGUGUGUGUGUGUGUGUGUGUGUGUGUGUGUGGAUUAUCUUUAUAAAUAAUACGUGUGUAGGAAUGAUGUCCUAUUGUAAAUGAGAUGUCUGGACCUGAACAGUCCAGGUACUACAGCAAAUUACAUCCUGAGUUGAAAUAGAUGUUAUGUGAUUAUAUAUGGGAAAAAAGCAAAGCGAAUAUGUCAUGUUUAAACUAUACAAGGAUUUAUAUAUAUUUCAAAAUUAUUUUAAUGAUCUGUGUAUUUUUUUUUUUUUUUGGCAUGAUGUAAAAAUCCAUGUCUCGCUGUCACGGUCCUGUUUAAAAUGAGUUCUGUGUCUUAUUUGUGAAAUGUGUUUGUAAAUGUAAUAAAUACUAUAUGGAAACAAA